CCCUCCACACAUCUCCGCACACACUACAUUCGAAAUUCUGCAAAACUGCUGCGGCCUUGGCAAUCGAGCGCCAUGGCCGAGUCUUCCACCGCAGGUCUUGCUACAAAAUUUGUGGGCCAGCGGGCCCGUGUUGGAGGGAAUUUGGCAACAAUUCGCUGGGGGCCAGGAGAGCUACAAGCACCCAAGAAGCCAGGAGAGGGCUACCCAGAUGCAGCUCUAGAGGUCGUGGGGGUGGAAUAUGAUGAGGAGGGACUGGGCAAGCACAACGGGUCCUAUCAGGGCAACCAGCUUUUCACCUGUCCGCAAGGGCAUGGAAGCUUUGCAAAGGUGGAGAAAGUUGAGCUUGGCAUGUCCGUACAGCGGGCCAUAGCUGAAAAAUACUUUGCUGCCGCACUUCCUGAUGCAGCGAGGAAGAGUACGCGGGAAGAGACCUUCGAUGCCAUGGAGUAUGUUGACUCAAAGGGGAGGGAGAAAUCCAAAUCCGUCGAGUUGGUUGGUCGCUAUGACAUUGAACAGCGCCAACAAAGGCUGGAAGGUUUUGUGGAGAUUUCGCUGGCGGAGAGUUGCUUAGCUACGCGGUACCCAGAAGAUAUUUGGUCUGGGGACUGGAGCUUUCCAAACCUAAAGAGCCUGUGGCUGGACAAAACUUUGAUCAGCGAGUGGGCUGAUGUGGCGGCUAUUUGUGAGUUGUGUCCAAACUUGGAAUGGCUAUCGCUAUCAAGGACUCGCUUGAAGCCAUGUCCCACGGUCCUUUCUCCUCCAGUUGGGAAGCCGACCAGUGUCUCGGAGUGCUUGGUGCUCAAACCUUUCAUUUGCAAAGUUCGUACCCUCGUUCUCAACAGCACAAGAGUGACCUGGGCGGACUUGCUUGCGCUUGACGGCCUCGGUCUUUUUCCACACCUGGAGCACCUUCACCUGGCACAGAAUGGCUUGGAGGAGGGAAUUCCGCUUGAGCUGAGCAGCGAAGUGGCUGAAUCUCGUCACUUGCCACUACCGAAGCUGCAGUCAUUGGUGCUGGAUAGCAACAAGAUUUCUGACUGGACAGUGCUGCGCCGUGCCAUCGCAGCUUUUCCUUCAUUGCAAGCAUUGCACUUGAACAACAACUUGCUGGGUGAAAGCAUUGAAGGUCUUGCCGCGGCUGCGGCAGACCAAACUCCACGACGCCUUACGGGUCUCUUCUUGAAUGAGAACAAACUAGCAUCGUGGCGCAGCAUCGGGGCAUUGGCCAACUAUGCGCUGCUGGAGUUAAAGGUGCAAAGGAUACCACUCACUGACUCCGGCUCGCCACUGGCCUCACCAAUGCUUCUGAGACAGAUUCUCAUUGCGUUAAUGCCAACGCUUCUGCGGCUCAAUGCGUCAGAGGUGACUGUGAAGGAGCGGACGGCAGCAGAAAGGUAUUUCCUGUCAGUCGCCCAGCUAGACAACCCUAUUGUCAAAGGGCUUGCAGAGUCAUGCAAAAUCUCAGAGCAUGUCGAGCGGCUGCGUGCCAUCCAUGGGAAUGUGGUCGGUGGUGAUGUGACUGAGCAUUCCCAAGCUUCGAGAUCAGCUCUUUUCAAUGCCUUAGUGGAGGUCACUCUGCGACCAGUAGGGGCUGCGAUCGUCGAGAAGCCUGUCACCAAAAAGAAGGUACCUCACACAAUGACAGUUGCGGAACUGAAAAGAUUGGCCCACCUUCUCUUCAAGCAGGUUCCGUUGGAUCGCCUAACGUUGACUUUAGCAGAUGAUGGUUUGCCCUUUGGGGUGCCGUUGGAUGAUGAAGUCCGAGAACUGGGUUUCUUUGGUAUUGGCGAUGGUGCGGAAAUCCGGGUGGAUGACCUUGCUGACAUACCAUGCAAGGGGUGAACUGCAAAGUUGUCCUGAGCACUUUGUUUUGUUGGAUAUGCGCUGGGAUUUGCUCAUGGAAAGGCCCUGCACAUGUACAGUGUUUGUGCAGGGUCGUGGAAGGGGUUCAUAGAGCGACUCGCAGCCGCAUUCAUUUUGAGACGCGACGUGAGAUUUUGUGCAGCUAUGCAGCGCUUGGAUGUGUGCUGCAUGAAUGGCAAGCGAAUUCAAUCGGCAUUGCCGACAACCAUCGACAACCUGGCCGUGACCGCAAAGGCGUAAAAGCAGAUGUCGCUGGGUACUGUAGUGCAACUGGGCCUAUGGUAUCCAACGCAAGUGCGGCGACGUUGUCGGGUUGCUAAUGCAACAGUUCGAAGUUUAGCAUGCCACUGUGAA